CAACAAUACAGAAUAACACACAAUAAAUCACAAUAAUACACAGUGUAGACAUUACUUUCCGGUGUGAAAUGAUUGACAGGUCUUGUUUCCUGUGUCUCCGCCCCUUGAGGUGAACUUAAGUGAAACCUUUCUUCGCUCAAACUCUCAUUGUGUCAGCAGCCCUCAUUUCUCUUCCUGUCUGUCGUCUGCUGUCAUUUCAUCCCACUUCUUUCUCUCACAAACACACACACACACACACACACUGCCCGGUUCUGCUGUUGUAAGGAUGAUUCUAGCGAGUGUGCGUCAACUUCUUUCUAGGGUGCUGUUGGAGCAGAAGCAGCGGCGGAAGCGUCAGGAGCCGCUGAUGGUCCAGCCGAACUCAGAGGGACGUCCGCGGCGCUCGCGGCCCCGCCGCAGUGAAGAACAAGCGCCGCUCGUGGAGACGCACCUCAGCACUGCCAGUGACAUCAUCCUGGAUGGCAUCGACGGCCCCGCGGCUCUGCUGGGUUCAGAAGCUCCAGAUCUGGGCAGUAAGAUCCAGGUUCUGUCGGUCAGUCCGCCGCCCGCUGCAGAAGAGCCAGAGACAGACGCCGACACCGACACACUGCUGGAGCCCAAACCAGACAUACACACUCUGCUGCAGAGACGCGGACUUUCUGGCAGCAUGAACUACGACGAGGCCAGUGAGGAUGAUGAUGAUGAUGAUGAAGCUGAAGAGCCGAACACAGAGAGCACUCGUCCUGCGUCGGCCUCCAGCACCAAAUCCACCACGGAGUGUCUCCAGCUGGGUUCUCUGUCGGCUGAGGGCUCCUCCGUUGAGGUGGAUAAUCUGGAGGAGUUUGUGCUCCGUCCGGCUCCGCGGGGAGUCACGGUCAAGUGUCGCAUCUCGCGGGACAAGAAGGGCAUGGACCGCGGCCUCUAUCCCACGUACUUCAUGCACCUGGAGAGAGAAGACGGCAAGAAGGUGUUCUUAUUGGCCGGACGCAAGAGGAAAAAGAGCAAAACAUCCAACUAUCUGAUCUCUGUAGACGCCACAGAUCUGUCCCGUGAGGGCGAGAGCUUCAUAGGAAAACUGAGGUCUAAUCUGAUGGGAACCAAGUUUACUGUGUAUGAUAACGGCACGAAUCCCUCGAAAACCCCCGGAGCGCUGCUGGAGGAAACCAACACACGGCAGGAGCUCGCCGCCAUCUGCUACGAGACCAAUGUUCUGGGCUUCAAAGGGCCGCGGAAGAUGACCGUCGUCAUUCCUGGCAUGAACAUGAACUUCGAGCGGGUUCCGGUUCGGCCCGCGUGUGAGCAGGAGUCUCUGCUGAGUAAAUGGCAGAAUCACUCGCUGGAGAAUCUGAUCGAGCUGCAUAAUAAAGCGCCGGUGUGGAACGACGACACGCAGUCCUACGUGCUGAACUUCCACGGCAGAGUCACGCAGGCCUCCGUCAAGAACUUCCAGAUCGUCCACGACAACGACCCUGACUACAUCGUGAUGCAGUUUGGUCGUGUGGCGGAGGACAUCUUCACUCUGGACUUUAACUACCCCAUGUGCGCCCUGCAGGCCUUUUCUAUCGGCCUGUCCAGCUUCGACAGCAAACUAGCCUGCGAGUGACCACGUGACACGCCUCAACCGUACACGCACACACACACACACACACACACACACACAGGUGCUUCACUCAGGACACUAGAGCACAGUCGUCCUCACCGCGUCUCCAGUGUGUCCGAGGAAUUGUGCUAUAUCACAAUAAUUAGAAAUAAAAGGACCAAAUUAAUUGUUUUGUAAAGGAAACACAUCGAAUCAUUUAACUUUUUACUACAUGAAAUAACUGACCAGAUGAUCCUGCAACUUAUUUUCCUGGUUUCUUUUUCCGAAAAAGAGAAGAUUCGCUGGAUUUAUGCUUUAAUGGACCAAUAGAAAAGAAAACUGAGGGAUAUUCUGAAACUGAGAGAUUUUAUUUCUGCUUUUUAUGAUGUUUUCUGUGAUGUUUUGUAAGUGUCUGAUGGAUAUGAAGAGUAUGUUGUUAUGGAGAAUCUCACAGAUUUUUAUUGAAACUUGUUUCUGCCA